UUGAACACUGACCCCGAAACGCUCGGAUGUCCUCUUCUUCAGAAGUAGACUCUUUUCGAGCUGGGGUGAAUGGGUCUUAGGGUGGGCUGAAGGUGAGGCUGGGAAGCAAGACGGCCGGGGCUGCGGCCAUGAACUCACCCGUGGACUCUGGCACUAGGCAGGCGCUGAAGAAGAAGCCUCCGGAGCGGACCCCCGAGGACUUAAAUACUAUUUAUUCUUAUCUUCAUGGAAUGGAGAUAUUAUCUAAUCUCAGGGAACAUCAGCUUAGAUUGAUGUCUACAAGAGUACGCUAUGAAAGAUACAGUGGCAAUCAAAUUCUUUUUUGUUCGGAAACUAUUGCGAGAUGUUGGUAUAUCCUGCUUUCUGGAUCUGUGCUUAUGAAAGACUCCAUGGUCUUGCCUCCUUGCAGAGUAGAGUACUUGAUCCAGGUAGAAAAUUCUAAAGAUAAUGAAGAAAGUAUUCUACAAAGAGAAAUUCCUGCCAGACAUUCUCGUCGACGAUUUCGGAAAAUUAACCAUAAAGGGGAGCGUCAAACUAUCACUGAUGACGUGGACAUUAACAACUAUCUUUCUCUUCCUGCUGAUCUCACCAAGAUGCACCUCACAGACAACCCUCAUCCACAGGUGACCCAUGUGUCUUCCAGUCAGUCUGGGUGUAGCAUCGCCAGUGACUCUGGGAGCAGCAGUUUAUCUGAUAUCUAUCAGGCUACUGAGAGUGAGGUAGGAGAUGUAGAUCUGACUCGUCUUCCCGAAGGACCUGUUGAUUCUGAGGAUGAAGAAGAAGAAGAUGAAGAGAUUGAUCGAACAGAUCCAUUGCAGGGGCGAGAUCUUGUUAGAGAGUGUCUUGAAAAAGAACCUGCAGACAAAACUGAUGAUGACGUUGAACAGUUACUGGAGUUUAUGCAUCAGCUCCCUGCUUUUGCAAACAUGACCAUGUCUGUAAGGAGAGAACUCUGCUCAGUGAUGAUCUUCGAAGUGGUAGAGCAGGCUGGGGCUGUUAUUCUUGAAGAUGGGGAAGAGCUUGACUCGUGGUAUGUUAUUUUAAACGGCACUGUAGAAAUCAGUCAUUCAGGUGGAAAAAUUGAAAACCUCUUUAUGGGAAAUAGUUUUGGAAUUACUCCCACUCUGGAUAAACAGUAUAUGCAUGGAGUUGUCAGAACUAAAGUAGAUGAUUGUCAGUUCGUCUGCAUAGCUCAGCAGGAUUAUUGGAGAAUUUUAAAUCAUGUGGAAAAAAAUACUCAUAAAGUUGAAGAAGAAGGAGAAAUUGUUAUGGUACAUGAGCAUCGAGAACUAGACCGGAGUGGAACCAGAAAGGGACACAUUGUAAUCAAGGCAACACCUGAGCGUCUCAUCAUGCAUUUAAUAGAAGAGCAUUCCAUUGUGGAUCCAACUUAUAUAGAAGACUUCCUAUUAACAUACAGGACAUUUCUUGAAAGCCCUUUGGAUGUUGGGAUCAAACUACUAGAAUGGUUUAAAAUUGACAGCUUACGGGAUAAGGUCACACGAAUCGUAUUAUUAUGGGUAAAUAAUCAUUUUAAUGAUUUUGAAGGUGAUCCUGCUAUGACUCGAUUUCUGGAGGAUUUUGAAAAAUAUCUGGAAGAUACAAAAAUGAAUGGUCAUCUUCGGUUGUUAAAUAUUGCCUGUGCUGCAAAGGCUAAAUGGAGGCAAGUUGUGCUGCAGAAGGCUUCCCGGGAAUCUCCUCUGCAUUUCAGCCUCACUGGAGGAAGUGAGAAGGGGUUCGGUAUUUUUGUGGAGGGAGUAGAGCCUGGUAGCAAAGCUGCAGAUACUGGAUUGAAACGAGGUGAUCAGAUAAUGGAAGUAAAUGGACAAAACUUUGAAAACAUUACAUUUGUGAAGGCCGUUGAAAUUUUGAGGAAUAAUACUCAUCUUGCAUUUACUGUAAAGACCAACAUUUUUGUGUUCAAAGAAUUACUUAGUCGGUCUGAGCAGGAAAAAGCUGGUGUUCCACAUAUUCCCAAAAUUGCUGAGAAGAAAAGUAAUCGCCAUUCAAUCCAGGAUGUACCAGGAGAUAUUGAACAGACAUCACAGGAGAAAGGAAAUAAGAAACUUAAAGCAAAUACUGUUUCAGGUGGAAGAAACAAAAUCAGGAAAAUUUUGGAUAAAACACGAUUUAGUAUUUUGCCUCCAAAGUUGUUUAGUGAUGGAGGCCUGAGCCAGUCCCAGGAUGACAGCAUUGUGGGGACAAGACACUGUCGGCACAGUCUUGCUAUAAUGCCAAUCCCUGGAACACUCUCUUCCAGCAGCCCUGAUCUCCUGCAGCCUACUACCAGCAUGUUGGAUUUCUCUAAUCCUUCAGCUGUUGGUUUUUACUAUAUUCCUGAUCAAGUUAUAAGAGUUUUCAAAGCAGAUCAACAAAGUUGCUACAUCAUCAUCAGUAAAGACACUACAGCUAAAGAAGUAGUUUGUCAUGCUGUUAAUGAAUUUGGUUUGACUGGUGCAUCCGACACAUACUCUCUCUGUGAAGUUUCUGUUACUCCUGAGGGUGUCAUAAAACAGAGAAGACUUCCCGACCAGUUCUCCAAGUUAGCUGAUAGAAUCCAGCUUAAUGGAAGGUAUUAUUUAAAGAAUAACAUGGAAACAGAAACCUUAUGUUCUGAUGAAGAUGCUCAAGAAUUAGUUAAGGAAAGCCAGCUCUCCAUGCUGCAGCUCAGUACGAUUGAGGUGGCCACUCAGCUGUCAAUGAGAGACUUCGAUUUGUUUAGAAAUAUUGAACCUACUGAAUACGUUGAUGACCUUUUUAAGUUAGAUUCCAAAACAGGAAAUACUCACUUGAAAGCGUUUGAGGACAUUGUAAACCAAGAAACAUUUUGGGUUGCCUCAGAAAUUUUAACGGAAUCAAAUCAACUCAAACGAAUGAAGAUUAUUAAACAUUUUAUUAAAAUAGCACUUCAUUGUCGAGAAUGUAAGAACUUCAACUCUAUGUUUGCAAUAAUAAGUGGCUUGAACCUGGCACCUGUAGCACGACUAAGAGGUACAUGGGAAAAGUUACCAAACAAGUAUGAGAAGCACCUUCAAGAUUUGCAAGACAUUUUUGAUCCAUCCAGAAACAUGGCAAAGUACAGAAAUAUUCUUAGCAGUCAGAGCAUGCAGCCUCCAAUUAUCCCACUGUUCCCCGUUGUCAAGAAGGAUAUGACAUUUCUACAUGAAGGAAAUGACUCCAAAGUAGAUGGCUUAGUAAACUUUGAGAAGCUCAGAAUGAUUGCCAAGGAAAUUCGUCAGGUUGUUCGAAUGACUUCUGCUAACAUGGACCCGGCUAUGAUGUUCCGGCAGAGGAAGAAGAGGUGGCGGAGUCUGGGGUCACUGAGUCAAGGCAGCACAAAUUCAAACAUGCUGGAUGUUCAGGGAGGUGCUCAUAAAAAACGGGCCCGCCGCAGCUCUCUGCUUAAUGCCAAGAAGCUCUAUGAGGAUGCUCAGAUGGCAAGGAAAGUGAAGCAGUAUCUCUCCAGUCUGGAUGUAGAGACAGAUGAGGAGAAGUUCCAGAUGAUGUCUUUGCAGUGGGAGCCGGCAUAUGGCACCUUGACCAAGAAUUUAAGUGAGAAAAGAUCAGCCAAAUCAUCAGAAAUGUCUCCAGUGCCUAUGCGGUCAGCUGGCCAAAUAGCCAAAGCUCACCUGCAUCAGCCCCACAGAGUAAGCCAGGUGCUCCAGGUGCCAGCUGUUAAUUUGCACCCCAUCAGGAAGAAGGGUCAGACAAAAGACCCCGUCACAUUGAGUACAAGUUUACCUCCCAAAAUCAUAGGAGCAAGUGAAGAAAUGAGUGGUCGGAAACAUGCAGAAGAUACGAUUUCUGUGGCCUCGUCCUUGCACUCCAGUCCCCCUGCGUCUCCUCAAGGUUCCCAUCGCAGAGGUUGUGCACUUAUACCAUCAGCUAAAUCUGACAACUUGUCCGACUCCAGCCACAGCGAGAUCUCUUCCCGCUCCAGCAUUGUGAGCAACUGCUCUGUUGACUCCAUGUCUGCAGCCCUGCAGGAUGAACGGUGCUCCUCCCAGGUUCCGGCCAUCCCAGAAUCCACUGGGGCACUGGAGAAGGCAGAGCCCUCCUCAGGGAUGGGAGACCAUGGCCAGCUUGGCGCUGGGUGGCCACUCUCAAAGCCCCCCCCAGUCAAGGGGGGUCUGGCAGUCUCGUCUUCUCUGAGCAGUGAAGAGAUUUCUCAUGAGCAUAUCAUUAUAGAAGCAGCCGACAGCGGUCGUGGAAGUUGGACUUCCUGUUCCAGCAGCUCCCACGACAAUUUCCAAAACCUCCCAAACCCCAAAAGCUGGGAUUUUUUAAAUUCCUAUCGGCAUACUCAUUUGGAUGGCCCCAUCGCUGAAGUUGAACCCACCGACCAUGAACCCUGCUGCUGUCCUAAAGGCUUCUCUAGAACUUGUGGUCACUGCAAAGGAGGCCUGGAGACUAAUCCGUUGAGACAGAGCUGGGCCUCCUCCAGUUCUCUGCCGGACACCUGUGAACCAAACUACGGGACUGUCAAACGGAAGGUCUUAGAGAACACCCCAGCUGAGUUGUCCGACGGCUCAGAUGCCAAGGAUGGCACUGACCCGACUUACAAAAUGGUCACCUCAAGUACAAAAAAGGGUUUAAUCGAAGAUGAACAGGUUUCAGCCGUCUAGUCGUUGGGUGGCCUGUUGGAAGGUCAUUGGAAGUUCUCGAGGAACCGUGAGGCCCUGCAGGCCCUUGCCUACAAAGCGCUGCUGCUACUCCUGACCCGGAGGUUCCACUGCCUGAACUCUGAGCAGACGCCCUGAGCCCCGCUAUAUUUGUGCUUCCUCCCUGCACACGCAGCCUUUGCUCGGCUGCCCCUGCGGAGCCAGGUCCUCUCCAGUUUGCACACCAGACCUGCCUUGGGACCACUGUCUAGAGCAAAUUCCAAUUCCGAGUCAUCCGGAUGCACAUGACCAUAGUUGUUCCUUUAACGAUGUAUUUUAUGUUAGUAUUAUUAUUAUUAUUUCUGUGCCAGAGCUUGGGCUCAUGCACAAAAUUUAAAUGUCUGCCAAUGCCAAGGGUAUUCUUGUGUAUUUGAGAAGUAACUUAUUUGAAGUCUUAUGGUGUUGAUUAUGGGGUGGGGGGUGUCUCUGGUUAGCAAAUGUGUGUGUUUAUAAUGGCCAUCAGUCUGCCUUGGAGCAGAGCAGACGGCAGCCCUCGCCUUUACAGAGCCGGUUGGCUGUAACUUGUAUUGCGCCUGUGCAAUGUAGAGUUUAGGAAGCCUUUGGGGCUCAGGUGUUAGGGAGGACAAUACUGCCAUCUCGUGGUCUCAGUUUGGAAGGCCAAAUGAAGCUGAGGCCUUGUCAGUCUUUAGGGGGAAGGGGGUGGGAUUGGGUUGGGUAGAACUGUUGAUUUCCCAAGAAUGAAAUUUUAAUGCUAAAUUAUCUAUAUUGAGUCUGCUCUGAAGUGAAAAUCAUGUUACUGCCAAUUGUAACUAGAAGUAUAAAUCCUGAUGAAUUCUAGAGAGUUAAUUUUUCUGGACCAUAGGAACCCAAAAUUCCCAAUGUCUACGCCAGACAUGGAGCGUUGUCAUUUUAAAGAUGACGUCCACGCUGAGGAGGGUACUCGAGAGAUGAAUGCGCUCACACACGGCGUUCCGUGUGGACCAACGCUCUUCAUCCAUCUCAGGAACUCCCGCGCGAUGGGACUUCUCGAAUGAUGGGACGUCUCAUCUGCUCACCUUUGUCAUCGCGGGGGAUUUGGGUGUGGGGAGAGGAGCUAGAGUUAGGACUCAUUAUCUUGUUUCUCAGGGUAGCCCCGGAGGACAUACCUUAGCAGCCUGUUCAGCAUGGAUUGAUCUCAUAAUUUAAGUAUUUAAUUAGAAUUUGAGUGACUUAUUUCCAGAAUGAACUCAAUUUUUUCUCCAUUCACAUUUUUAAAAAAUGAAAGACAAUUCUCUUUAUCUUAAGUUUAAAGUGUCUUCUUUUUUAAUGUAAAGCUAGAGUGAAGUUUUAGUAAACUUCUGUUAUUACCAAAAAAAAACAAAACGCCAAAGCCGCUGAUCGACGGAGCCGUGAUGGAUUGACUCCCGAAGGUUGGCUGUACGUGACCUGGAGGAAGGUCAUUGGUUCUGUGGUUGCCUUCGUAGGCGUUCUCUUUUCUCCCAGCGCCUCUCCCCUUCCUUCGCUGCACCCUCCCCCCUUUCAUCGUCCAGCCGGCAUCCACUGCUGCGUUGAUUGGUGAACAGUAGUUCGGUCCGGCCCAUCAAAAUGAUUGUCUGCUCUCUAUAGGGAGAAUAGCAAGCCUGAACAAUUCACCCGAAGGAUCGAUGUUCAUCUGAAAUGCAAGCCUUAGAAAUUAGCCCAGAGACACUGGAGUGGGCUGGCCAGCUCCACCACGUCCUUGGUCCAUUGAGCUGGGCGGCAGCAGGCUCGGAAACCGGUGUGAAGUCACUGGCCUCUGCACACAGGUCACGAGGCUGGGUCUUUCCUCUGAAAGGCCGACUUUUUUUUCUUUCACCAAUUUACACGGACUGGUUUUGUGUCCAUGCAAACCACCAAAUGUGAAAACUAUUUUUGCUAUAACCACCUUUUUUUAUCAAGUUUGGGCAUUUAUUUUCACCAUUUUGUAUCCAUAACUCCGGGAAAAUGGGCUGUUCGCACGGUUAGCAGAUCUUUCACACCAGGUGGAAGCCAUACUCCUCCUCGUCCUUAAUGGUGUAGAUAGUAGCGCGUGCGCGCAGAGAGCUGAGGUCUUUGGUCUGGGAUGGACCCCCUCGUCGCUGCCUUUGCUUGCUCUAGCUUUCACUGUUGGAAUCUACUGAUCACAUUGAUCAGAAACUAAAGCCAAAUGCUUUGUAGGCCCUGCAAAAAGUCAUGUUUGGAUUUUUGUUUUAUUUGCAUGAAAGGUACAGAGACACCCAGACCUGUCUUUGCUCCGACUCCAAAUUCCCUGUUGGUUUUGUUUUUUUUACGUUUACAACCUUCCUGCAGAGACUAGCAGUCUCUCAUCCCACCACAACUUCACUGGGAAGAUUGAAACAGUAAACCCUCAGUGCAAACUUCUGCCAAAUCAUAAGUUUCCAUAAAGCAAUCUCUUGAAAGUGAAAAUGAAAAAAAUUGGAGAAUUAGUAAAUCUCAGGCUUCCAUAAAUAUUUGUUAUUAGUAAUAGAUUCUAAUUUCCUCCAAGUGAUGUUUUUCAGUAUGAUAGGUAGCCGGGGAGGGAAGCCGUUGGCUUUCCCUGCAGACUCUCCCCAGGCUGGCCAGGUGGCACUUAGCCCUGCCGCUGUGAGGAACAAGCCCAGUUUCAUCAUGCGUUCUCAUCCCCACAGAAAGAAGAGCGAGAAACCGUCUGCUUGUGGACUUAAAACAUUCUGAUAUAAUUUUAAAUUUCUAAAUAAUAUACUGUUGCAGAUGUAUCCCUUGAAAGGUUAGAAAAGGGGGAGAAAUCUUCCCCAAAGCGUCACUGCAGUGUUUUCAUACUUAAACUUGAACCCCAGCUGAUCUUUAGCUUUUGUUGUUUUUGUUUAUUUUGCUUUUAAGGCUUCUUUAUUUUUUUAUACAAGGAAUGCAGUUGAUCUUUUAAAAUCUAAAGGUGAGCUUAUCAGCAAAAGUCAAAAACCAAACUGCACAGUUGGAAUAAUUAAAUAGCAACUAUACUGCACAAUUCCGUGAUUGUAAAGUAGCCUGUAAGAAGCAAGGUUUGUCACCUAUUUUUUGAUACCUCUUAAACUUAUGUCUUUUAGAAAGACAGUGCCUCUGUAUGCUUUUUGUAUUUUUACUGAGUGUAAAUAUUUGUUAUAUUUUUGGUUAAGAGAAUGUAAAAGUACCAUUUAUUAUCAUAUCUACUAAUACAUUGGUGGAAUCAAUAAAGAAUGUACAUGAAGCCUCCA